GUUUUAACUAAAAGUGUUGCAAUGAACGGACGAUGGACAAAAAAGAGCAAAAACUUGUACGCACAACAAGGAGAAAGAGGUCGGCCGGCUGUUUGUCUUUGACAUACCUCAAAUUGGCUCUUGAAGUCAUAAGAAGUUGGCCAGCUAUUUCUGCAAUCAUUAGAGUGAAAGAGCCGCCUCCUUUAGACUACUUGGAUGAUAUAUCGCAUCCUGUGGUUGAAGAGAAACAGGUACCAUUAAGAUCCACUGAUAGAACACUGUUAGAAAGUUUUCUCUUCAACUACUCUAUCAUUUUAGUUCUCUGUCAAAAAGAAUGGCUAUUAGAGCUUGGAUCACCUUUUGAUAUUUUCAACGAGUUUCGUCCAUUUCUGAAGACCCCUCUUUACCAGUGUCCCGUACCCUGGAUGAACAAUCCCAUGGUGGGUGUUGCACUGUGUGCAAUUGAAUUGGUUGCAAAAGCUAGUUGGCUUUGGCACUAUUACCUAUUUAAUCCACAGCAUGAGGCACUGGCUGUACAGGUUCAUAGUGCAGCCAAAUACUUUAUUGUGUCUUUGCUUCCACCAGAUGUCAAGUUUGUUCAACCGAAACAUGUGCGAAGAAAACUUGAGGAUAGCUCAAAAGACCUGGAAAAGUUGGCGUUCCAUUCCCAAACCUCUUCGAUAUGCACAUGGUUGUUUGCGGUCAUAGGUACGUCAAUGAUUCAUCAAAAAGAUCAAAAUUAUCUCAUGUGGAGAAUCGAGAAUUUUGCUUCUGCCCUACGAAUCUCCUGCUUUUGGCUGUGGAAAGGUACAUGGGGAACUAAAGGUAACCCUGGCCAGGGAUGGAACGUUUUAUUAAAGAAAAAUUGUUUUAAGAAAGUGAUGUUCUAG